AUGCACGCUGCACACUCGGCACGCAAACAGCCGAAACCCCUCGACCCGUGUUCCCGCAAGGGAAAAACGGGCAGUCUGGUUAUGCGGUUCGCGCACCCCAUCCCAGGUUUAGAAGCUGCUUCAUCCGUGGCGAUGCGGGCCAAGCCUGACCCUGCACGGGGUUUUGUACUCGCGUGGGGCGCAAUGGAAAGACUCCGGCAAGCAUGGCAACAUGGGUAUUGUCGUACCAGUAGCACCAGCUGGCUGGGCGAGCAGGCCGACAUCUGA